CAAACCCUAUCUCCCACCUAUCUUCCUCCUCCUCUCAUUUUCUCCUCUCAUCUCUUUCAUUUCUUUCCUUAAUCUACUGUCUACUUUUAAUGUACGUCGUAAAGCUAGAACGAAUUUGAAUCAGUUGUUGGUGUCCCUCUCGAUUCUGACUCAUAUAUAUAUAUAUAUAUAUAUUAUAUAUAACGUCAGAAUAUUAAUAUCUAGGUUCAUAAAAUGGACCGAAAACAUGGGAAGAGGCCGCUGGCUUCGGUUGAAUCAGAGGAAAAAGAGGAGGAUCAAAUCUUUCCUGUUUACUCGACUCGAUCUCAGCAAGACACUUUUGCCAUGGUUUCAGCUCUAGCUCAUGUGAUUGGAAAAAAUAGUGACCAAAUUAAUAACCCAAUUGAUCAAGUGCAAGGAAUAAAUCCAUUAAUAACCUCACAGUCCAGCCCUACAGAGACUCAAUCACAACCAGUACUUCAAGAUCAAGGAAAUUUGAGGAGACAACAUUACAGAGGAGUGAGGCGGAGACCAUGGGGAAAGUGGGCUGCUGAGAUUCGUGACCCGGUGAAGGCAGCCCGAGUGUGGCUGGGCACUUUUGACACAGCUGAGGCUGCAGCACUAGCUUAUGAUAAAGCAGCACUCAAGUUCAAGGGAAGCAAAGCUAAGCUAAACUUCCCCGAGAGAGUUCAAGGGAGCUCUGAGUCAGGUUGCCUCACAUUAAUAACUACUGAUCAACAAGACAGCUUGAACAUUAAUCCUCCUCAGCCUAAUAUUUCUCGACCAACAUCUUCCAGUGUUUUCGAUUGUACACAAUAUAAUAAUGUCACAUCUUCUACAUCCUUGUUGUCGUCGUCCUCCAUGCCAUCUCAACAAGCGGCAGAGCUCCCAAGCUUUUCGAUGAAGUUCGGUCCUUCUUUUUCGAGUUCAAGUUCGGGCCUUCCUCAUAAGUAUAGGAAAGACUUUGACACCAGUCACUCAAGAUGAUAAGAUUAAUAGCUAUGGAAACGGUAGGAGAUCAGAUUGAACGAUCGAUUAAGGAGAGUAAAAGGUUAAUAUAAUUUUGAUGCAUGUGUGUUUUUCUUUCCCUUUUUUGGUUUUGUUUAAUUUCUUCUGGUCUAAAACAACUUCUUUCUCAUAUCAAAUUAAGUUCACUUCAGUUUG